AUGGCAGAAUAUUCAUAUUUACCAGAAGAUUGCUGGGAAUAUGUCAUCAAAUUUCUCAACCACCGCAGUUUGGAGUCUCUUUCCAUCGUCUCCAAAAAGUUCCUUUCCAUCACCAACCGUUGUCGACCAUCUUUCAAAAUAUGUGAUCCAACCAUCCCUUUCCUCCCUAGCCUUUUCCACAGAUUUACCAACCUCAUAUCCCUCGACCUAACGUGUUUCCACAGUGACCUUGACACGCUUCUCCGCCAAAUAUCUUUUUCCUCUAUGCACCUCAAAUCGCUUGAUGUCUCCAAUCACUACAUCCCUAAAGAUGGGUUUCAAAGUUUAGCAGCAAAGAUGAAAACUUUGACCUCUCUCACUUGUUCUAACAUGUUAUUUGUCAGUCAAACUGACCUUAUCAUCAUUGCUGAAUGUUUUCCUUUCCUUGAAGAACUUGACAUUAGUUUCCCUCAAUCAGUUAAAAGCAAUACAUAUAUAUUGCCAUUGACACUUCCUAAACUCCGCAAGGUUGAUCUCUCAGGAGCUUUUAAUAGUCAUUACAACAUUGACGACUCGUCACUCUUCCAUCUUUGCAAGAACUCUGAGUUUCUUGAAGAGAUAAUCUUGUUUGGUUGCAGCAGAUACUUAACCAAUGCUGGCGUUACUUCUGCCAUCCGCAAGACACCAAAUUUGAAGUCUUUCUCCAUUUCUUCCUCUGAGAUAGAUGGGUGUCAAAGAAUGUACGCUACUUCGAAGAUGAUUAGCUCUUUAAGGAAUUUGAAAGGUCUGACCUGUCUUGAUUUGUCGUCUUUGCGUAUAUCAGACCAUUUGCUCUCAUCUCUUGCAAAGGAAGGUCUGCCUUUGAAGAGACUUUCACUCAAAAAUUGUACAGAUUAUAGUUAUGCUGGAAUCUUUUGUCUGUUAUCAAAAUGUCAAUUUUUACAACAUUUGGAUCUUCAAUAUUCGUUCUAUUUGAAUGAUCAAUAUGUUGUUGGGUUGUCUACGGUUCUUGGUAGUUUGCUGUCUAUAAACCUUAGCCAUUGUAAUAUCACUGAAUUAACCUUGCUGUCACUAGUUAGGAACUGUCCUUUCCUCAGCAAGAUCAUAAUGGAAUGCAGUGAUAUUGGAAAGUUUUGUGAUAAGAACUCUAAUUCUUUGCUGGACUUUGUUGUAUACCCUCAAGUGAAGUCUCUCCAUUUGGCUCGCAAUCCAUUGUUGAAGAAUGAAAGCAUCAAAAUGUUGGCUUCUCUUUUUCCAAACUUGCAAGUGCUUGACCUGAGAUAUUGCCAUUGCUAUUGCAUAUCUGACGGUAUCGUUGAAGUUUUAAGAUAUUGUAAAAUUAUUCACUUGGACAUGAGAUCUUGUUCAACACUGAAUCUACUUUCAAUGAACUUUCAAGUUUCCAAAUUGGAGGUGUUGAACUUGUCAAAGACAAAAAUUGAUGAUGAAACAUUGUAUGUGAUCUCAAAGAGUUGUUGUGGGAUACUACAAUUGGACUUGGAACGGUGUGAUCAUAUCACAGAGAAAGGAGUCGGGCACGUAGUAGAAAACUGCACACGACUGAGAGAGAUAAAUUUGUGGGAUUGUCAUAAUGUGUGUGCUGAUGUUAAUUUCUGGAUGGUGAUGGUAAUUUUAAGGUCAUCAUUGAGAAAAAUUAUGGCUCCCUCUCAUUUUUGUCCUAGUGACGACAAGUGGAAACCUUUAUUGAACCUUGGAUGCCUUGUUUUCUAG